ACAGAAAUAUACAAAAAAAAUAUCUAUAUAGAUAGACUUGAUCAAUUUAAUCAAUUUUUAAUAUAUAUUUUAGAAAAAGAGUAAAAAAUUAAAUAUUUAAAAUUUUUAGCAAACUAGGUUUUUUACUUUAUAAAUUAAAGCUAAGGAAAGUUAUAAGAUAUGAUAUAGUUUUUGCUUUAUUUAGUUACAUUUUUCAUAGGAUUUUUAACACUAUGUUACUUUUAGUUUAAACGGAGCAAGAAUUUAAAGCCAUUGAAGAAUGGAAUUAUGAUUGUAUUUGGUUCAGGAGGACAUACAGGGGAAAUGUUAAGUCUUAUUAAGAAAAUUAACUUUAAAGAUUUUAAAAAAGUUUAUUUUGUAAAGGCGUUUUCUGAUAAUGUUUCAAAAGAUAAAGUAGAAGACUUUUUAAAAAAGAACAAGAUUGAAAUAAAUAAUGAGUAAGUUGAGUGGAUUAACAUCCCAAGAAGCAGAUAAGUCAAAUAGAGUUUUGCCUCUUCAACUCUCACCACUCUUUCUUCAAUCAUAUAUUGCUUUAUCAAAGUUAUCAAAAUCAAGCAAAUAGAUAUUUUAUUAUGCAAUGGACCAGGUCUAUGUCUUCCUAUUGUGGUUAGUGUUCUAAUGAAUAAAUAUUUAAUGCUUUACAGAAGAUCAAAGAUCAUCUUUGUAGAAAGUUGGUGCAGGGUAAAAACUCUUUCCCUUACUGGAAAAAUACUCAUAAAGUUUGUUGACAAGUUUUUAGUAUAAUGGGAAGAACUCGUCUAGUUAAAUCCUAAGAUAGAAUAUAUUGGUCAAUUGAUUUGAGCAUUUAGUUUAAUAUGAAAAUGAAAGAAAAAGGAUCAUAAAUGAGUGAAUUGAAUGAGGGAGAGAGCUGAAAAAAAUGGACAGUCAAUAGCUGAACAAAUUUAUUAAAUUAAAAACAUUAAUUCAUUUUAAAACAUUGAAUUUAUUUAAUUAAAAUAUAUUUUAUGAAAUAAAUUUUGUAAAUUUCUAUUUAUUUAUUUGUACUUAAAUGCCAUACUCCAUCCAACAUUACAAAAAUAUAUUUGGUGAAUUUUAAAAGCAAUUCAUCAAAUCAAACA